AUGAACAUUGAGUAUCUUCAGAAACUUUGGGACUCCUUUAGCCACAGAUACACAGCAGCCUAAAAGAACCCAUCUGUCUUUUGUUUCACUCUUUUAAAUAUGCUCCGUAUCGAAGAUUCAGAUUCGUAAAUAUACAUCCAAACCUAUCAAGUAUUAUUGAUGCUGGCUGUGGAGGGGGACAUCUCCAUCAAUAUAUCGUGGAGAAGAAGAACCCAUAUGCUAGAUUUGUGGCUUUUGAUUUCUCCAAUCAAAUGGUCAAAAUUACAGCUGCCAGGAUGCACAAGUACCUCACACAACAGUAAAAGGGAAGCAUCGACCAACUUACCUAAGAAGAAAUCGACAAUGUCAAUUUAAGUAAUAUUGUUUUUUUAAGAAGAUUCCGAAAUCUUUAAUUAAAUUAACUAUUCCAUAUAACAGGCAAACAUCCAAGAAUUAAAUUAAUUCCAAGAUAAUACAUUUGAUACAUACCUCUCCAAUUUGGUCUUCCAUCUAAUCCCAAAUCCCCAACAGGCCAUGGCUGAAGCAUAUCGUAUACUUAGACCGGGAGGCAGACUCGGUAUCACCGUUUGGGGAUCCAAAAAUAACAGCAAAGCAUUGACCAUUUUAUAGGAAGCCUUAAUUAGAAGUGGAAUCCUUGAGAAACCACAAGGUCCUUCCAAAUUUUUGGAGAGCACUCAACCAGUCAUCGAAAUGGCCCAAUUACAAGGAUUUACAAACAUAUGUAAUAGUAUUUGACUGAAUCAGAUUGUUGGACAUAGUAAGGACCGUUCGACAACUUUAGUUUAGAGGAUCUAGCCAAAUUUUCAAAUCCAGAAGUAUUGGAACUCUUGAAAAAUGCUCCUCCAGAAAAAGUUUAGUAAUUUGAGAACAUUGCUUCAGAGAUCCUCAAUCAAGAGAAGCUAAAAUAUUAACCAUUGUUUCUGGAGUGCAUUUUAUUAAUAGCAACAAAACCAAAGUGAGA